GCUCUCUUCUUCUUCCUCUGCCACCCAUACAUCUUCUCUCGGUCUGAACCGAAAAACGGUGUCGCAGGGUCCAAAACUCAUCUAAGAUUAGCUAAUCGGAUUCCAAAGUAAAGCUAAGAUUUCGUACACUGUAAUACAACUCUCUCAUUUUCAAGCUCUUUGGCACAAGUACUUAUUUGGCUCUCGAGUUGAGCGCAACGAAAUGUACAGUUUCGCUCCAGUUCCAAGUCCGUGCAGCUAGGGUUUCCGGGUCCAAGAUUCAUUUUUAUAGGAUCACACCCGCUCGCUCGCUCGCGCUUGAGAAUAUUCUGCUUCAGUUCAAUAACCGGGGUUUUUUUUUUUUUGUUAACUGAAAUUUAUGUCUGUUUUAUUAUGAAUUUGUGCUAAAUUGUAAGGAUUACGUUUAUGGAUUCCGUGCUUUUUUGAAUCGGUGCCGAAUUUUGUUUAUUGUUUUUUUUGGGAUAUUUGAUAUACAGUUGUAUAUUGGAGUGGAAAGUGUUAGGGUUUGUUAGUAAUGGUGUCUGCGAAUGACCCUAUUGAAUCGUUUUGCAAUUCGAUUCAAGCUGUGAAAGAGGUGCUUUCGCCGCUCGAGUUAGGCAUUCGGAAAGCGGCUAGAGAUCUUGAACAUUGCUGGGGAGGUGGCCCAAACAACAAAGGGAACAGUGUUGGAUUGGUUAACCAGGUGAGUGGUGUUGAUAGGAAUCGUAAGGUUCAGAUCUGUGGUGUGAAGAACAAGAGUGGUCAGUGUGUUGUUGGUGAUGAGGGAAAGAAGGGCUUGUCCAUUAAGGUUCCGAUUAAGGCCUUCUUGGGUAUGUUUUCGCAGAAUUCGGGAAAUGGGCAUCGAGCCGAGGUGCCCAAUGGUGGGUUGAAGGAGAGGGAUUCGGGUAAGGAGGAUUUUGGAUCUUGUGUGAAUUGCCUGCAGUUUGCUGUCACUUGGUCUUUGUUGCUGAACAGUUUCGUUCAGGCGUUUCCGAGCCCGUUCAAGACGGGCAAGAAACGGUUUCAGAAAACUGGUGAUGAAGAUAAAUUGUGUUCCUGUAUGAAGCCAAAGGUUUCAUUUGAAGUGAAACAAAGGGAAUCUAAGGAACGGUGUGAUAGAACAUUUUGGAAUGAAGGAAAACAUGUGUCACUUGAGUCCUUUAUAGGUUUUAUUUUUGAUCAGUUAGCUCAGAAUCUUCAGAAGUUUGAUCAGGGUGUGCAAAAAGAUCAGAAGAGUUUUGACACUUCUCUGCCGCCGCCCUCUUCCUUUCAGUUUGAUCAUUUGAAGGCACUCACUAGUCUUUUGGAGGGUCGAAAAGCAGAUGUGAAUGGGCUUUUAGGAAAUCUGAGUUUUGCUAGAGUGGGAGGUGUGCCAUCGAGCGUAGUUGGAGUAACUUCUUCGGUUGAUGAAGAGACCGAUGAUGGUGUUCCAGCUGGGAAUGGGGAAGAAACUAGUGGCAGUUUACCGCAGAAGCUGGCCAGUGGCAUACUUAGCAUCCCUCUAUCGAAUGUGGAGCGCUUGAGAUCAAUAUUACCCACUGUUUCAUUGACAGAACUAAUUGAGCUCGUACCACAGUUGGGGCGUACUUCUAAAGAUUAUCCUGACAAGAAGAAACUAUUCUCUGUCCAGGAUUUCUUUAGAUACACAGAAGCGGAAGGAAGGAGAUUCUUUGACGAGUUGGAUAGGGAUGGUGAUGGCCAAGUAACUUUGGAAGAUCUUGAAGUUGCAUUUAAAAAGAGAAAAUUGCCACGAAGAUAUGCUCAUGAUUUUAUGCGCCGCACUAGAAGUCACUUAUUUACGAAAUCAAUUGGUUGGAAACAGUUUUUGUCCUUGAUGGAACAGAAGGAACCAACCAUUCUUCGUGCAUAUACUUCUCUCUGUCUGAGCAAGUCUGGGACACUGCAAAAGAGUGAAAUAUUGGCAUCACUAAAAAAUGCAGGGCUUCCAGCAAAUGAAGACAAUGCUGUUGCUAUGAUGCGAUUUCUGAAUGCAGAUACAGAAGGACCCAUUGCUUAUGGACAUUUCCGAAACUUUAUGCUUCUUCUCCCUUCUGAUCGACUUCAAGAUGAUCCUCGGAGUAUCUGGUUUGAAGCUGCAACUGUUGUUGCUGUUGCACCGCCUGUGGAAAUACCAGCUGGAAGUGUUCUGAGAUCUGCAUUGGCAGGAGGCCUAUCUUGUGCACUUUCUUGUAGUUUAAUGCACCCUGUCGAUACAAUAAAGACUCGGGUACAAGCAUCAACGCUAAGCUUCCCUGAAAUCAUUUCAAAGCUUCCACAGAUUGGGGUUCGGGGGUUAUACAGGGGUUCAAUCCCUGCAAUUCUUGGCCAAUUUUCAAGCCAUGCUCUGCGAACUGGAAUAUUUGAAGCAAGUAAACUUGUUUUAAUAAAUGUCGCUCCAACACUUCCAGACAUCCAGGUCCAAUCUCUAUCAUCAUUCUGCAGCACAUUUUUGGGGACGGCAGUACGGAUCCCUUGUGAGGUAUUAAAACAGCGGCUGCAGGCUGGCAUUUUUGACAAUGUGGGAGAGGGUAUUGUUGCGACUUGGCAACAAGAUGGGCUUAAAGGUUUCUUUCGUGGGACUGGUGCCACUCUUUGUCGGGAGGUUCCAUUCUAUGUUGCUGGCACAGGGCUUUAUUUUGAAUCCAAAAAGGUUGUACAGCGACUUCUGGGGAGGGAUCUGGAGCCCUGGGAAACGAUCGCUGUUGGGGCUUUAUCUGGCGGGCUAGCUGCUGUUGUCACUACACCCUUUGAUGUGAUGAAGACUAGGAUGAUGACUGCUAAGGGUCGAUCUAUACCAAUGUCAGUGGUGGCCUUCUCUAUACUUCGACAUGAGGGACCCCUGGGCUUAUUCAAAGGAGCGGUACCCAGGUUCUUCUGGAUUGCUCCCUUGGGGGCCAUGAACUUUGCAGGCUACGAGCUUGCAAGGAAGGCCAUGGACAAAAAUGACGAGCUUGCAAGGAAGGCUAUGGACGAAUGAGGAGCUAGCAGGGGACCAGCUGUCUCAGAAGAAGGUGGCAAGUUCUGGACAAAGUUUUGAAGUGAGAAAUCUGGUAUACAGCUUUUGGCUUUUUAUGCGAUAUAGCAAGUCGAUGCUGCUGGAAGUUUUGAGCUUUUUUCCUAGUUUACUAGCAGCAUGUUUUUUGAAAUUCCUAUCUGCCGACAUCUCUGCCUUUUUUUCUUUUUUAAUUGCAAUUUCAUUACUUGUUUCAAACUUUCUUGCCUGCUUUGAUGGCAGUGCAAACAUGCUCAUUGUAUUUUGUAUAUUGCUUACAGUUCUUUAUCAAAUUUUGUACAUUUCAUGUGCA